AUGGCAAAUCCGGAGCGGAAUCCAUCGGGAUCCACCACGUCUUACCAAGAAGGUCAAACCACUCCGACAUGCAUGGGUGUUGUGAUUUCUUCUGGAAAGAAUUUAGCUCGCACGGCGAUAAAAAUAACGAAGAAGCGUUGUAAAUCCGAAUAUCCCAUGAAUUCACACCCGCGUUUCGCUAUUCGAAAAGCACUUGGGUCUGUAAUUUAG